AGCGCAGUGAACGGCGACUUAAUUGCAUUUAUACCGAGUGCAGUGCAAAGAAAGUGCGCGUAUAUAAUAUUAAUUUAAGGAGCUGCUUAUCAAUUACAUCCAUGCAUACGACUAUCAGACAUAUGAGCACACAUACAAGUUAAGGGCCUACCACACUGAAUCGGACGCAAAACGUUAAAUUUAGCCAAAAAUGUCAUCGCUGGAGCCACCGAAGCGACCCACAUUGCAUUUAGCUGCAGACGUUGCUGGAACGGGAACGGGAACGGGAACGGGAACGGGAACUGGAACUGGGUCGGGAGCUGGAGCUGAGAUUAUGUCGCCAGCUACGACUCCUUCGGCGGGCUUCCUGCCGGAUAUGCCGCAAUGGAAGAAGGACCUGAUACAGCGCCGCAAAACGAAUGUGGCUCGAACCAAUGCCGCCGCCAGCUCACCCACCUCAGCGGUCCCAACAGCUGAUGGCAGUUGUGCGGCUUUCACUGAACCCGCAGAUUCAGGUGCAACUGACGGCAGUGCAGCCGCAGCCUCAGCCGCAAUACCAACAACAACAACAACAACAUUAACUAGUCAACAACAGCAGCAGCAUGUGAAACGAAAUGUAAGCCAAACAUACCAGCAAGCAGCAGCAUUUAAGACUUCACCAACAACAGAGGAAAAGUCUGAGAAAUGUUUUAUUGGAAGUGGAGGUCAUCAGACGCUUCCAGCAGAAACAACAGCAAAAGCAACAACAGCAGCAGCAGCCCAAAGUACACAAGGCAAAGACUUAGCCACGGCCUUUUCAGCCGAAACGGCAGCAUCAGCAGCAGCAGCCGCACAGCCACCAAUACCAAAGCAGCGAUCAAGUUUAUUCAACACAAGAAGUCAAUCAACUGGCAAGGAGCAAGAAGAGAUUCUAAAUUUGGAUGCCAGAGAGCGCGAAAGAGAGCGCGAGCGAGCGAGCGGAGAGCGUGACGCUGAGGUGAAUAGCGCUGCUGUUGGCAUGGCAUAUGCGAGCGGGCGCUCUGGUGAAGUUGAAACUGGCACAGCGACAACUGGAGCAUUAACAGCAAAAGGCAGCAACAAUAACGGCAGCGGUGGCAGCGGCGCAAAUGUGAAACAAACGACAGCAACAACCUCGACUUCGUCGUCGUCAGCAAAUCAGUUGCAAACGAAAUGCAAACCAGGCCAGAGCGUUGCUGAAGCAGCGCUACAUAAUUUUAGCAACACUUCGCCAAUUAUAAUUGAUAAAAAUUGUAAAACGAAAAUAUCCGAUAAAUUGCAGAGCAACAAGUUCAUUAAAAAUCAACAGCAGCAACAACAACAACAACAACAGUACCAGCAAUUGGAACGCCAAACGGCCGCGUCGCCCACAAAAGUAGCGGUAAAAACGACAAUGGUCGCCAUGCAAGAAAUGAAAAAGACAACCACACAAAAUGGCCAACAGCGUCAUCAUCAUCAUCAUCAACAUCAUCAUCAUCACCAUCAGCAGCAGCAACAACAGCUGCAUUUAAAGAGCGCCGACGCCGAUCUGGACGUCGGCGUUAGUGCGUUGCCAACGCUCUUGGAUACCGUCGAUCAAACUGAGGAAUUCAGCUAUGGUCCCGGCAUUGUGUCCAAGCUGCGCUGCCGCUAUCUAAAUCUAGCCCUUCGCUGCGAGUCACGCCAGCAGAGCCAAAAGCAGCGACUGCAGCGCUCCACCAGCCUCAAUACGCUGCUCGAUCGCAAUGACGACGACGUCGAGGAUGAUCAGCAUCAUCAUCAUCAUCAUCCGCAGCAACAGCAAGUGAGCAGCGAUGCAGGCACAGUCAAUGCUGCAGUCAAUGUGAAUGUAACGCGCAGCGCUGCAGCGCCCCCCAUACUAAGCGCCAAGCCAGCGAGCAGCAGCGGUUACAUUAAAAGCGUGAAUGUCUUGCAUCAACAGCAGCAGCUGCGCCAGCAGCAACACCAGCUGCAGCAACAGCAGCAGCGGACGACGCAGGAGCAACAGUCAGUGCAGUCGCCGACGCCGACGUCGCCGCUUAACGGUAACGGGCUGCGUUCGCGUCACUUUAAGCGCGGCAACGAAGUAAUGAAACGCGCUCGCUCUGUCGAAGCGCUGCUCUGCGAGAAGUCGCCUUGGAAUACGCAGCGCGCCAGCUAUCAGGCAUCGAGUGUGGUUAACAGUAGCGCUAUGGCAGCUGCUAUCACUGGAUCGGGCAGCGCUGCAGCGGGCGUUGGAGUUGGAGCCACAAUCACUGCCCCCGGCACGCCUACCUGCGUCACCAUCGAGGAUAAGAUUCACAAUGCUCGCGAGCGACUGCACAGCGGCACCGACGCCACACCACCCAAGCGUCUGACCUCCAUCAUCGAUGACACCGAACGUCCGCCUCCGGACCUGGUCAAGCAGACCCUCAAGAUGUUUGAGGCGAGCGCCAACCGCCGACCGCGCACCACCCAGCGCAGCAACGGCGUCGGCGGCGUUGCCAGCAAAGUGGCCAACUACAAGUCCAUCAUCAAGGAACAGAAGCCACCAAGCAUCGGCGGCAUCAAGCGGGAUGGCGUCGCCGCCGCGAGCGCAACACCGUCGACUGGAGCUGGUUUCGCUGCGUCGACGCCCAAGCAGCGCGUUGCCAGUGCUGUCGUUCCAGACAUUAUACCCAGGCAGCUGGAAACCUACGAUUCGCCUGUGACGAACAUCAGCAAAAUGCUGGAACGCAUACACUUGGAAAGCUCAUCGCCGGCGUCGACGGCGACGGCGGGAACGACAGCGCAGCCAGAGUCUGGCGCUGGGGUGGUUGCGGGCGGCAGCAAUCAGCGCUUAGUCAGCGAUCAGCAGCGCACGCAGGCAGCAACUGACGAGGCCGACGAUGGUGACAACGACGGCGGCAGCAGAGGCGAAGCGAACGACGAAGGCAACGAAAAUGACGUCGACGACGCCAACGACGAUGACAACGGCGACGGCGACGUAGCAGCAACAGCUGAGGCUGAAUUUGACGGCGACGAUGUUUGCAAUGGCGAUAAGUUAACAGCAGCGGCGUCGACGGCAGCGCAGCAGCUGGAUGAAGCAGGAGGCGUUGGCGGCAGCGCCCAGCGUUCAUUUGCUGUCGCCUUGCAAGAGAACGCACACGCUUCCAGCACGAGUUCCAGUAGUCGAAAGCUUCCGCAACGUAGAAGCGAUAACAGUGAAUCCACAGCAGCUGCAGCGGCAGCAGCAUCAGCAGCAGCACCAGCAACAACAACAACGAAACAAAUUGGUGUCAUCAGGCCGCUGCUGAAUAAUUCGAGCACCAGUUCCGGAUGCGGUACGCCGCUGACCAGUCGCGAGAUUGAGAAGAAUCGCAUUAAUGAGAUGAAAAAGUCAACAGCAUUGGCUGCAGAUGCAGCUGCCGCCGCCGCCGCAGCAGCAGCAGCAACUAGUCUGGAUACCGUGAUAAAUACAAACAGCAAGGAUGGCUGCGAAACGGACGCAGCGAGCAGCGGCAUUUCGCCCAUUUGGCCGUUGCGCAAGCGUCGUCAGCCGACAGGUGGCGCCAAUGGAAGCAGCGGCGUAGGCAGCAGCUCCCAUGCGGACAACAACACCUCCAUGGUGUUCAACUUUUCGAAGAGCACCAAGGAGGUGCCAGAUUAUAUUGAAAGCGAUGUUGUGAUCUACAGACGUAAACGGGAAUUGCCAAAGCCAAAUGAACCGGGCUUCGUAUUAUUGGGCGACCUUUCGGUGGAGACAUCGACAGACACGGACUACGAUGAUUACUCCAUGUGCCCGCCGUCGCCCUGCGAUGUGGAGUUCGAGAAUGCGAAUAUUGUGAUCGACGGCAAGUCCAGCAUACGACAGAAACCCAAAGAUUCAUCGUUCCGCGUACAAUUUAACGAUACGUUAACUUCAACGUUUGAAUAUCCCUCCGAGGCAUCACAAACCGUUGACGAUCAGCCGUAUGCCGAUCCCUACGGUAAUGUGACCAAGCAUCAUCAGCUGUUCUACGAGGAGCAUCUACGCAUGCAGCAUCAGCAGCAACAGCAGCAGCAGCAGCAGCAACAGCAUCAUCAUGUAACAGUUGAUGAGAUAAUUGAGCUUCCGACAGCAUCCACAACAUCCUCGACGUCGCAUAAAACGUCGGCGACCAGCGCAAUGCUGGGGAAUUUACCAUUAGGCUCUACAGCUUUGGGCUUUUACACUCCCGUCAAGGCGUCGCCCAUGGACAGCUUGUUUCAGCUGGGCGUGACCCGCUCACCCAGCGCUGUUGCCACAAACGGCGGCAGCAGCAGCAACAACAACAGCAGCAGCAGCAGCAGCUUCAACGGCAACGGCAACGGCAGCAUUGUGGGCAUUAGCGAGGGGCUGCUCAAGGAUGGUGAAAACGGCGAGAGCGGUGUCAAGGAUGCAAAGGAUGCGGCCGGAGCAGAUGACGAUGUUGAUGACUUUCUAACAGCGGGCGGCAUUGUCUAUAGCGAAGGCACUCAGAAAACUGAUUUAUUGUACUGAAACACCGAAGCGAACUGAAGCGUGUCCCCCCGCACUCCGUUUUCGGCCCUGAUACUGAAAAAAUUUGAGAAAA